UAUACUUCGCUAUUUAACAUUUACCUACAUAUGAAUCUAGGACACUGGACCUAUGCAGCUAGGUAUUACAAGAAACUGCUUACUCUGGACCAUUUGAUUGCAACCUAUAAAAAGCCUACAGUCUCUCUUAUCAAUGGAAUAGUGAUGGGAGGAGGAGCAGGUCUGUCUGUGCCCACAAGGUUUAGGGUUGUCACUGAAAAAGCAGUAUUUGCAAUGCCAGAGGCAUCUAUAGGAUUUUUUCCAGAUGUAGGAGCCAAUUACUUCCUUUCUAGACUUCCUGGCUUUUUUGGGGAAUAUCUAGGGUUGAGUGGAGCACGUUUGGAUGGAGCAGAAAUAGCUGCAUGUGGUUUAGCCACACAUUUUGUGCCUUCAACAAAGCUAAAGUCAUUGGAAAAUGCCUUACAAGUUCUUAAUUCUCCAAAUGUUUCAACAAUUUCUUCACUGAUAGAAACCUUCGCAGAGAAACCAAAUGUGAAAGAAGACAGCCCUUUUAGGAGGUUGGAAGUUAUAAACAAAUGUUUCUCAAAAGAAACCGUGGAGGAAAUACUUGAAUCAUUGGAAGAACAUGAAUCAGAAAAUGGAGCUGAAAAAUGGAUUACGAAUGCGUUAAGCUUCAUGCGCUCAUCUUGUCCUACUAGCCUCAAGAUAUUUCUCAAAUCUGGUUCGAGAGCAAAGCUAUUCGAUAAAGACAACAAGCCCAAGUGGGAGCCUUCGAAACUAGAGCUUGUUGAUGAAGAAACGGUGAACGAAUUCUUUAGAAGCAUCGAUGAUGAGGAGUGGGAAUAUCUUGAACUUCCUGAUAGAUCCAAUUUCGAAAUUAUGAGCAAAUUAUAGAUUGAAGCUACAAAAAGUUUAUGAAUAAAUUGUAGUUUUCUCUAUUUACAAAUG